CCAAGGCAGUGCUGCAAUCUACCUAGCCAACCUAUCAAGCAAGUAAACUCCCUGUUGGAGGCCUCCCAUGGUUUAGCCAGCUCUCCUGACCACAAACUUCCGAUGAAAAUAUGCACCAGGUGUGCUGGCAAGACACAAUAAUGCCAUGAAGAGACCAGUAUUACAGUGAGAAUUUUCAUCAUGCCAAAAAAAAAAAGUUCUGAGUUCUAGACUAUGCUCAUUUAUCUAUACAUCAAGCCUCACCUGUCAAUUUACAAUACUUCCUGACCCAAAACUCUGUCCAGGGGGACGGAAGCCCCAUCUCUAACUUUAUCACCGGCCUUGUAAAUCAGUUCAGCGAUUAAAUACCAGAAACCAUCAUGAGAAUCCGGCCUUUUCUCACAAGUCUGCAGGCCCCCUCGCCCAUGAAAGCUCGGACACAAAGCCAGAAGCAUCACGAGCGCAAGACAGGCGGGAUACCUCCUCCUCCAGAGAGCCUCUUUCAUGAACUCACGCUGGUGGUCGAAAAUAAUCCAGACAAGGCUCCCAACAUGCCAAACAACUGGGACGACCCUGCGGGCAGUCCAGAGUACCAGACAGGCUGCCGCCCAGAUCUUCCAAAAGUACCAAAGGUUGGACGCGAUGAUGAUGGCGGUGCUCUGGAAGAUUCCAGCGGGCACAAGAAAAUACGUGAUGGGAUACACACCCAGGUAGAUCAGCACCGUGGUGAAAACAACCUCCCAUCCGCACUUGUGGCUCUGGGGGGCACGUAUAACCUACCGAGACUGGCUCCGUUCAACCCGAGGAAUGGGACCUGCACCCAGUACAGGACGAACCAAAACACGUCGGGGAUGCACAGGGAGAGGAUGAGAAAGGUGACAAGUCCGGUAAGGGUGUGGAUCCUGAUGUAGUCUCCCAAGCGGAUCCAGUAAUCGCGAGGGUAGAUUUCCAAGUAGUAGCGAGCUAGAUCGAAGUUGUCGGCGUUGACUAUGGUGUCCAUGAUAAUAUCGGGCAGGCGCCCGCGCUCACGCUGGGAUACAUCCAGGUGUCUUAGGUUGUCCAUUUUGGUGGAUCGCUUUUUGACUUGGAUGAAUAGAAAUUAUGUUGAGGCGUUGGUUGGGUGGUCGAAGACUUCCGGUGUCUUGUAAUGGAAACAAUCGUAAGCCUGCUGAAAAAUGUAAAUAAAUAAAAAAAUGGAUUCUGUGACGUGAUUAGCAUGUUUUCACAGGUAAAGGGGAGUUACUUGAUGAAGAAAAAAAGGCGGAUGAAAAAGCGAAGGAAGAAAACCAUUACUAGUUUGAUAUUGGCUUGCACCCCCGAUAGUUAAAA